CAACAGUCGCACAGCAACCACGGACGAUGCAUCUCGUAACGUUCCAUACAAAGGUCAUUGCGCUCCCAUCACAGCCAUAUCGACUCAUCCGUGUCCCGGUGCCAUGAACUUCUCCUCUCUGUUCCUUACCUCCUCUCUCGAUUGGACUGUCCGCCUUUGGUCCACUUCCGAAUACACUCCACUACAUACAUUUGAGGAUUAUUUCGACUAUGUGUACGAUGUUAGUUGGAGUCCUGUUCACCCUGCGGUGUUUGCGGCGGUAGACGGUACCGGUCGUCUGGACGUGUGGAAUAUCAAUCAGGAUGUUGAGGUUCCUUGUGCACGUCAUUCCAUUCGGGGUCACGCAGGUCAAGACCGGACUGGAGGCAACAUCGCGUUGAACAAGUGUCGUUGGGAUAGUUCAGGUAGCUAUUUAGCCGCUGGAGAUAAUCAGGGCCGUGUAACCAUCUGCUCCGUUCAUGAAUCCUUAUCCCAACCUGGGCCCGAACAGUGGUCAGAAUUGGCUCGCAGUCUGACAGACCUGAAGCAUUAUAAAAUGGAGCAGGAAGUAGGACGUGCUGAAAUGUGA